AUGCAUGGUAACUCGCAGUUCCAGAAGCCCUCUCAUUUACGAUGGACAUGGGAGUCACUUGGUGGACAGUUCCGUGACGAAGUAGACCACAUCAUCUUCAGUCGGAGGUUUUGCCUGAUUGAUGUCGCUGUUGUUCCGAAGCUCUACACGGAAUCGGAACAUAGUCAUCCCCACGCUAGAUCCUGCUUCUCAGUGCGCGGAAAGAGAGCACGACUAUGCUUAGGGAACAUGCCCCAAGACCUCCAUCAACUGGGACCACUUCGCUUCCCUUGCGUGUAA